AUGAAAGGGAAGAUGGGCUCUACGAUGGCUGAUCAUGGGCCAGAAGAAAAGAUAUUGCCCGUGAGGAGCAGAUUGAACCUUGAUGAAUAUAUUUCAACAGCCAAGGAGGCUCCAAAAAUUAUACCCGAGUCCGAUUUGAGAACCCUUACUCAAGGCCCACUGAAACGCCUGCUACUAGAAACUGGGAAUUAUGAAAAAUCACUUUCUCUGUGGAGAUGUCUCUUUCAUACGCUGGAGGACACAACACUCCCUAUACCCCACCAGGCUUCCGUGUGCAACGCUAUAUGUGCAUUUCUAGAGGCUGCACUAACGGCAAAAGGCUCAGAAGUGUGCCAGUUUGCUCGAUCUGAAACAACUUGGCUUGCCGUAUUUGAGGUAUACCUCGAUCGGUUCGAGUACAGCCCACCAAAGCCUAUGAAGCAGAUCCUAGCCACUCUCACAAAUAUUCUAGCCACUCACUCCGAUCCGGAUACUGCAGGCUCUAUCCGCUCUUAUUUGAUUGACUCAGUGGUGAAGACCAUUUUACUAGCCGAACCCUUGACCAGGCUAAAGGCGUCAGUGGUUUCUCUUCACUUUCUCAUUCGAAAGGAGGCUUUCCCCGCUGUAGAUCUAAUCAGUCAUUUACAGAAAUGGCUUCGAGCCAAUGUCAACAGCUGGACUCCAGUUAUAGGUGAGCAUGCAACCAACAUUGGCCUCAACAUCUCUACCUUUACCGGUAGCGGACCCUCAGUCUCCGUGGAGGAGCAGGGUACGAUAACCGCGCAACUAUUAUGUCUAGUUCUCUUACUACAUCUUCAAAAUGCGAAUGUAGUCACUUCUUCCGGUGCCCUUCUCUCUCAACUAUGUUUCAAGCUGAAAAAGGAGUCUGAAGAUGGCCUGUUCCAGUAUUCUGCUCCAGGAAACGGUGCUCCGUUUUGGGCUGCUCCCCUCAAGUAUUUAUCACUUCGGAACCUUGACAACCUUGAUGCAACUAUAAGCCUCGCUUUUCAUUUACUUUUCAGGGGCCAGCCAGCUGAAUUUUCGUCUUUCCUCGACGUUCUGCCUCUCAAAGAUUUGCUAUCAGAAAACCAUGGCGAGACUGGCACUGCUGAGUUUGCACUUCUUAUCGCCGUUCUUGAAACAGGAAAGGAGCUAGGGCUAGUACAUGAAGAUCAAGCUCCCAGUUCAUCUUCCCCGGACAAACUUCUAGUCCUUGAAAGCCAAAAGCUACGGCUCCUUUUAAUACAUUCAAAUGCCAAAGUCAGAGUGCGGGUCCUAUCUUUGUUGAUAUCUGCACCAUCUACCACCAAGCCUUUCUCUUCCGAUGCUCUACUGAUCCUUAAAGAAAUGAUACCUUUCAUCCACGCUGAGGCAGAUGCUCAUGUCCGAAGCGAGCUUGUUAGUAUGAUCCGGAAACUUAUUGUUCGGCUCAGAGGCGGCUCGUCAACCUGCCCGCUAGCUCCAGGAGCGGAUGCGAGAGAACAGGGGUCUACACACCUUGAUGCACAAUCAUUUAUAUCUUGGUAUAUAGAUUUCCUACAAUCCGAACUUAGACCAAACGCCUCUUAUCAAACGCAUAUUCUUGCUUUGAAAGCGUUAGCAACUAUUAUCCAAUCCGGCCUUGACCCCAGAAUUGAUCCCACGAAGCUCUCAAAAAUUGGCAGCGACCAAAGAAAUUGGCCGUUUUCCAGGGACAUAUUCACAUUUAGCCUUUUCAGGGCACUGGGGGAUUUACUAACCAAUCCUUAUGAAGAAAUCCGAAUGACCUCCCUCUCAUUACUUGGGUUAUUCCCGGCCUCCUUCCUAAGGCCCCAAAAUAUUGCCGACACUGGUUCUGGUAUCGAUGGAAGGACGCGUCGCCACCCUUAUAACCAACUAUUGGAUGCACUAGCCAGGGCAGAGGAGAUGGCAGGCCAAACAAGCAGAGCUGAUCAUGCUGAUGGCGUAGCCCGCAUCUAUCAUUUCUUAUUUGAUCUGGCCGAUACCGGGCGUUGUCCUGGGCAGCAAAUAACUGUUUACGACUAUAAGUAUGAUAUAGUGGAUUCAAUACUCACCAAACUAGAAAAGGUCACAUCCUUAUCCGAUAUAACGACAUUGCGUAAUACUCCUAUUCAUGGCCAUUUAUCUGCACUAAGUCUCAGAUACAUAAUGGCAAGCCCUAAUUUUCAUUCAGUUAUAUCAUCUGAAAAUGACUCCGAGCCGGCUUGGAGGCAUGUGCUGAACCGGACUCUCCUUCUCUGUGAAACAAUGUGGUCGGAUGUUCAGGCAGUGCUUUGUGUUGAUUCUCCCGAAAGGGAGCAUGGAAAUUCUUCCGUUGACCUAUUAGGCCCUAAAGACAUUCUAUCUUGCUGUUGGCGUGCUCUCCGUGAAUCUAGCCUACUUUUGAAUGCUAUCCUAUCAAAUACCUCAUUUGCUCCUUUGGGGACUCGGGAGGGUCUGAACUAUGAUGAGUUUGCAAGGGUUGGCAGCCUUACAUUUUCUCAGCUAGCAGAACUACGCCAUCGGGGUGCAUUCAGCGCAGUCUCCCAAACAUUUGUCUCUUGUUGCCAGAGAUGUAGUGUUUCGAAGGAGGAUGCCGUUGCCGAACUUCCUCAAACUUGGUUUAAGGAAAUAUUGAGCACUAUACAUGGUCAAUCGGCAAAACUUACCCGUCGGUCUGCAGGGCUCCCUGCGUUAGCUCUGGGCGUAGCAUCGUCUGCAAAGCGGCAGUUCUUCCAUGAAAUCAUGGAAAAGCUCCAGGACAUCGCCAAAAUUCCGCCAACUUCCGUCUCGGAACAGGUGGAUGUAAGGCUUCCACAGGUCCACGCCAUGAAUUGCUUAAAAGAUAUAUUCACUGCAACGAAUCUAGCCACAGUGACAGAAGAGUACUUGAUGCCGGCACUGAGUAUCUCUGCUGAAUGUCUCGGUUCUGAAAUAUGGGCUAUUCGGAAUUGUGGUUUAAUGUUAUUUCGAUCGUUGGUUCAACGAAUGUGUCGACGAACGAACGGAGUUAACUUGGGAUUUGGUAUCCCUAAUGACUCCGAACCGAAGCAACUCAUCCCUUUUCAGAGAUUCCCUGGCCUGAUACCACUUCUUACCGGUCUUCUUGAAAAGGGGGCGGCAAAGGGUUCCUCUGAUAAUACGUUAUCAGAGCAGCUAUCGAUUACCACUGAAAGAGUAUUUCCUGCUUUGGAACUUAUCGGAAACAAGUUCCCCUCUCCUGCUACAAGUGAAGAUGAGCGCAUUCUAGAAUCAGUUUCAUGGCAGUUCGACAGCCCUGUGUGGGGAAUUCGUGAUCAUGCUGCAAGGACAUAUGCCACUCUCGUUGAUAGAGACGAUAUACUUUCGGUCAUAUUAAAGUUAUCUGAGACAUCGAUACAGGGCCAGAACCAGCUACACGGAAUAGCUUUAUGCAUCAAAUAUCUGCUUCGUCGCAUAUGUGCUGCGCCUGUGGCAUACUAUCAAUGUAAGCGAUCCAUAACACUAUUUGAUAUACAUAAUACUAAAUAUCUUUUAGCAUUACUCCCUGCCAUCGUCUCCACCACUGAAUCAAUGUUUACCAAUUUAGGACGUCAUAUAUCCUCUCCUUUUACCCUAAGGGAACUCGUUGAGGUUCUCAACGACCUCUUACAGAGUGGAAUGACAAAAGGAACUGAAGAUACUAUUGUCGACCAUUUCGAUGCCAUAUCAACGUGCUUACAUAUGGAUAAACACUAUCAAAAUAUCAUAUCUAACCCAAAGCCUGGCUCUCCAAUGGAACGAUCGUCAUAUCUCCUUCUGGAGAGUAUCGCCUUUAGCUAUUUAAUGAUAGGGGCCUUGCUCAAAUCGCCAAUUGACGACUUGGCUCAGUUUAUCCAAACUGUCUCAAUCGUUGAUGCUGAUAUUGUUGCAUCCAUACUAGGGCGGUUUUCCAUGGCCUCACUCGGUCACUUGAGCUCUCGUAGUGACCGGUUAAAGCUGUAUUGCCGCAUCAUCACAGAUAGCCUUGCGAAGGAUACUAGGUUAGCUGCUAUAUCGAGCCUUUCGGAUGAGCUUGAAGCAAUUCAGGAAAGUGCAGAAGAAAGUCAUGCGGCCUUCAGCGAACUCGGCUUCCUGGUAUCAUGGUCGUCUACGCUCCCCAUUUCAGAGAGCCCCGGUGAACCUCUAUGGGGCCGCAAAAUGACCGAUGCAACCAUCCAGCUUCAAGGAUGUCUACUUUCAUUAUAUAUUAGGCAAAACCCCAACAUUCUAAGCUCCGACUCUACCUUUGUAGAACGUUUCAAUAAGCUUGUCCAGCAGUUAUCAGUUUCGAUGCGAGAUGAGACAGUGAGUGCAAUUUACAUGUUGUUAAGCCUAAGAGCUGCAAAGAUACAAUUUCCCGUAACACCCAUACUCAUUGAUGUCAUGUUUGUGCUGUACGACAUGCUCAAUGAUGAUGAUGUUGAGAUCCGAGAGGCAGCCACUCUUGUAGCCUCAAAAGCUCUCGCGGAUGAUUUGACGGUUUUCAGGCUUCCCGCUGCGUCUGCCUCUGCCAUCGCAGAUUUGUUAACCUGCCAAUACCCGGGGUCCAGUCGAGUAUUUGAAGGUGCUCUUCAACGUUUCCUUGGAGCGCCUAGUCAGCAACGACUGUUUGUCCCUGUGGCUGAGACGCUAAACAAGGCUAUCAAUGAAUCAACAGCGUUGUUCGCGGAGGAGAAACAAAAUCUUUAUAUUGAUGAAGUUAGGGAGAUCAAGUUAUGGAGCCAGCAUCUUAUCCAACUUGAGAAGGCCGCCAUAAACUGCUCUCUAUAUGAGCAUUUCAGCAUAUGGGUGAUGGAUGGACUGGAUUCUCUAAUCCAACUAGCAGCAGACAAACCCAACGACUCUCUGCUGGGCUGGACAUCAAAUAUAGAUGUCUUUGUGACUGGUAUUCGCAUUCUUUAUGGAGCAAAGGUCCUUCUACUCACACAUAGAUCAGUUUCUAUAGAUGUCAACACUAUAGAACUGACCAACAAGCUCCAGGCUCUUUAUACCUGCACAUGCACCUCAGAGUUGAAUCCAGCUUGGGGCUCUCUUCUAGAGGGCGGCGUCAACAACAUGAUUAUCCUGAUAGAAUAUUCAUUCUCACUCUUCUCUGACUCCUAUCCUUUGAUAUUCAUCUACCACAAGGGCCUGAUCUAUCGACUAUCCACCUCCGGUAAGCAGACAAGAUCUUCUAAAAUGACGGAAAACUACGUGAUAGUUGUCCUUCUUCUGAUGACUCCUGUGAUGAUUCUUAUGCUAUGGAAAAUUGGCAGACGCAUCCUGGAGGCCAUCAGACAUGGUAUUCUUCUGUCAAGGAUGCAGCAGGAAACCCGAGAAGAAGAAGCCGCUCGGGUUGCGCAGGAGAUCCAGCAGGCUGAGCAGCUUGCUGAGCUCAGUGCCAUGAUGGCCGCACAUCGAAGCUGCCGUCACCAGCCGGUUCAAUAUCGUGCUCCUCAACCUAUUCAACAGCCUCAGCCAGCACAUGUAGCAUGUUAA